AUAACUAAGGCGGAAAUUUUUGGUCAACAAAAUUUAAUACUGGUGAAAAAAUCCUCCCAACUGGUGGAAACAUCCUGGGUAUAAAAGCAGCUUCCAAGAAAUGAUCAGUCAUUCACAAACAAGGACGGGGCGAGGGUCACCACUUUGUCAACAAAUGUGUGUCGAACAGUUUAAGAACAACAUUUCUCAACCAGCUAUUGCAAGGAAUUUAGGGAUUUCACCAUCUACGCUCCGUAAUAUCAUCAGAGGGUUCAGAGAAUCUGGAGAAAUCACUGCACGUAAGCCAUGAUAUUACGGACCUUGUCACGUGGGGGUCGCAGCUAGCUGCGCGUGUUGUUCUUCCAACGCAAAAGAGACGGCUCCGGACGACAGCGUGGAGAUGUCAGCCAUGCAUGCCAUACCCAAACUCAGCCGGGCUCAGGCCGCAGAACUCGUGAAGAGAUGCUACGACCUGACUCCCUCUGAAGUCCACAGUCUGCCCAGCUGGGACGACCAGAACCUCCGCGUUGUGACGGUGGACGGGGGACAGUUUGUGCUGAAGAUUAUGAAUUCAAAGACCAAUAAGAACCCCGCCAUGACUGAAGUGCAGACGUAUGCCAUGAACCUUCUGCAGGAGAAGGGAUUUCCUACACAGAAAGUACUGAAAACCACCACAGGACAAGUCAUGUUCCUGGAAGACAUCGACUGUGGCCAUGGUCUACAGAAGUUCCUGGUGCGCCUGUUGACUUAUUUGCCAGGGAUCCAAAUCGCCAAGGCUCCUCUCUCACCAGAACUGCUUUAUGACUUGGGCCAGACAGCAGCCAGGAUGGACCUGGUCCUCAAAGAGAUGGAACAUCCUCAACUCUCAGCGUUGCAGAGAGACGACUUCAAAUGGAACUUGUCAAAUGUUCUUCUCCUGGAGGACUACAUGAACCUUCUAGAUGGACAUCCUCUCCAGGCGGGCGUGAGGACGGUUCUCCAUCAGUACAAGACCUAUGUGGCCCCUAAAUACUCUGCUUUCCGCAAGUGUGUGAUACACGGCGACUUGACGCAUCUGAACAUGCUGGUUGAAGCGGACGAGAGCCACGCCUACAAGCUGUCGGGUAUCAUUGAUUUCGGGGACAUGAGCCUGGGGUACUUUGUGCACGAGCUCGCCAUCAGCAUCAUGCACGCCAUGCUGGCGCGCCCAAACCCCAUGGAGGUGGGCGGAGCCAUCCUGGCAGGCUGGGAAAGUGUCCUUCCUCUGAACCAGGCGGAGAGGGAUUGUCUCUUUUGGUUGGUUCUGUCCCGCUUCUGCCAGUCGGUGGUGCUGUGCAUGCAGAUUCUGACGGUGCAGCCCGAGAACCAGGAAUAUUUCGUGGACUCGGCCAAGAACGACGGUCUGAUUCUGCAGCAACUUUUGGAUCUGGGAAAGGAGCGGGUGGAGGAGGUGUGGUUCCAGACGGCUGCUGACUGCAGUCGCACAAAGUCCCAAAUGAAAUAAAUCGGCGUGUUGCAAGUCGUAUGCGCUCUAUAUUAUCUCUUCAUCUUUUUAUUACUCAACAACCUAAAGUUUGCAUUCAACUUAGACGCUGAUCUACUAAGAGCCACACACACACACACACACACACACACACACACACACACACACACACACACACACACACACACACACACACACACACACACACACACACACACACACACACACACACACACAGCUUUUAGUACAUCAGGCUCUGAAUAUGUUGCAAUUGAAGGACGUUGGGUGGGGUUUCCAUUUGUCUGAAUUAUUGAAGGCAUUUAAAAAGGACCUAUUUUCAAUGUUUAUGAAUUUGAGUCAAAUAUGUUUCUAUUGGAAUAUUUAGUGGUGUGUGUU